CAAAGCUGAUGAGAUGAAGCUGCAGCAGCACCAGCACCGAGGAGCGACGGGCGCAACUCUACAGUUUUAGCUGUAACUAUGAUCUCCUUCCCGGAUGUCUCCAUCUCUUCGAUCCCCUUCACUUUAGUUAUGUGUUUUUCUUUGUAAGCUUUUUUUUUUUUUUAAAUUAUCAUUUUAAUUAGGUUUUUUUUUUUUUUUUUUUUUUUUUUUUUGGGGAAGGGGGGAGCAUGUGUUUAAUUUUGCGAGGAUUGCAGAGGUGCCAGAGGGAGUGAGUUUGGGCACUAUGCGCCGCUGGGAUCUGAUUUGCUCCAGGAAGGCUUAUGGAAUAUUGUAGCCCGGUUUUCCACAACCUGCAUGCCUUCUGGUCCAGCCCCGUGAAGAAGAAACUUCUCCUGCUCAGCAUCAUGUUCGUGGUCUGGGUUUACAUGCUCUACUCCUGCGUGGGCUACUGCUCCACCAUGCCCGGCUUGGUGAUGGUGGACACCCCGCGGGGCAAGGAGACCGCUCCGGCGACGGGCAGGCGGUCGGACCUGGUGUCAAGACUGCUGGCCAAGCCCCAGCCCUGGGAGGACGUGGAGAGCGACUACGAGGAGCCGUCCAUCAGGACCGCGGCGUCCAGAGACCUGCUGGACGCGGACAGAGACAGAGUUCCGGAUCCGAGCGCCAUGUCCAGCUUCUCCAACGGCUCCGGGAGCAAGAAGCUGCCGCAGGCGAUCAUCAUCGGGGUGAAGAAAGGAGGGACCCGAGCUCUGCUGGAGUUCCUGCGGGUGCACCCGGACAUCAGGGCCGUGGGAGCGGAGCCGCACUUCUUCGACCGCAACUACGAGAACGGACUGGAGUGGUACAGGGAUCUGAUGCCAAAAACCCUGGAGGGCCAGAUCACCAUGGAGAAAACGCCCAGCUACUUUGUGACCAGAGAGGCCCCCGCGAGGAUAUCGGCCAUGUCCAGGGACACCAAACUGAUCGUGGUAGUGAGGGACCCCGUCACCAGAGCCAUCUCCGACUACACGCAGACUCUGUCUAAGAAGCCCGAUAUUCCCUCUUUUGAGAGUCUCACCUUCAAAAACAGGACUACGGGGCUCAUUGACACCUCUUGGAGCGCCAUCCAGAUCGGCAUCUACGCCAAACACCUGGACAACUGGCUGCAGUACUUCCCCAUGGACCAGAUCCUCUUUGUGAGCGGCGAGCGUCUGAUCAGCGACCCGGCCGGAGAGCUGGGCCGCGUGCAGGACUUCCUGGGCCUCAAGAGGAUCAUCACAGACAAACACUUUUACUUCAACCAGACCAAGGGAUUCCCAUGCCUCAAGAAGGCAGAGGGCAGCAGUAAGCCCCACUGCCUGGGAAAAACCAAAGGGAGAACCCAUCCGAACAUUGAUCCCGAGGUGGUGCAGAGGCUACGGGACUUCUACAGGCCCUUCAACAUGAAGUUCUACCAGAUGACAGGACAUAACUUUGGUUGGGAUUGAAGUCAAAAAAGACAUUUUUUUUUGUUAAUUUUCUUAUAAGAGUUUUUUUUUUCUAUGUAAUUCAUUGGCAAAAAAAAGGUGGAGAUAUUGCUAUAUAUAUGUAAAAUGUACAGAAAUCUAUUUUAUAAUAAUUUAUUUUUAUUUCUAAGCAAUUAAUUCACUAAGCUGCCUAACCAGAUUUGUACAUAACAUCUGACCCAUGUGUUUUAACAUUCCUCAUCUUAGGUUGGAUUUCUCUGGCUCCCCACCUGUAGUCCUGUAAAUUCCUGGUGCUGCACAACGCAGACGAUCAGCAAAGACUGUAGUCGAAACUGUUUUAGAAUAACUACUAAGGUAGAGAUGCAUCCAUCAGUCGGCAGAGGUCAGAAUUGCCCGAUCGAUUCCCUUGAUCAUCUCUAAUCUGCGAUCGGCAGGUCAAAUACUGAAUUUGAUUUCUUUUCCCCUUAUUAAUUAAAUGCAUCAUCGCUAAGAAUUCCCUCUUUUAAAACCCAAAAUGCACAAGCAGACUGUGUAUUUUGAUGCAGAUUUUUUUUUUUGUUUUGUUGCCGUUUAAAGAUAAAGAUUGGAGAUACAUGGUUUUAUGCAUGAAAUGGGAACAUUUUAUAAUCCCUUUAUUUUCUUUUUGUUGGAUUCAAAACUGCUACCUCUGUUUUAUAACUUUUAUGCGUCACAACCCCUUUGAAGAAAAAAUCAAGAUCGGCACGUCAGAUUUCAGUAAAUAUCAGUAUCGGCUUAGAAAAGCGCGAUCGGUGCAUCUCUAUGUAAAAAAAGCGCCAUAUUACGGGUACAGAGUGCUCACAGACGUGGAGAGCACCUAUUUAUGUGCAUUCUUAGUUAUAGUUGUUGUAUAACUUCAUCCUGUCACAAUGUGCUUCAGUUCAUUCAUACAAUCCGGUUUUCAGGUUCCUUGCAUAGGCCUGAGCAGCAGAACUCGUCCUUUUCCACCCGGUAACUGGUUGAUCAAUAGACCUAAUUGAUACUCAUUGUGUCACUCACGCUUAAAGUAUACAGCUGCCCUUUUAUUUUCAGUACUCCUGCUGUCUGCUCUAAUGAGUGACCCAUCCAUCAAACAGUAAAUCCCAUUUCAGACCACGUAAGGCUCCAUGUUAACAUUAUGCUAAUCGGGUAAAGGUAGCCGGCAGAUCGAUUGGGCCUCCCCGUUCACUGCUCCGCUGGCUCAGAGCCAAGCUCCUGCCCUAUCUGCUCAGAGCAAAGGUCACGCAAAGUCUCAAUCAAAUUUCCUUGAUUUGUUGAGGAGAGGGAGGCGGGUCAGAGGGAGUGCGUGCCUUUCUUUUCACUGUGAAAUGGAAAACCUUUGCAGGUGGCCGGAGAUGCAUAUCUGCGAGAGCUCUAGCAUACAGAUAGGAGAGAUGAGAAACACAAACGCCUCGCUUAAAUGCCACUUGUUCCAACAGAAGAAGUCCAUGUGGCGUGGUUUUUGGUCGCAGACUAACCAGUUCAAAGGAAUAAAAGAUUUGUUUUGUUGUUGUGAAGCACUCAUGCCCCAACACGAAGAGUCGUGCAGAGUUUCCGUGUCCAACCUGUGGUGUCAUCACAAAAUCCCAUUUUCAUUCAUUCAUUCAUUCAUUCAUUCAUGGCUUACAUCUUCUUGCAGAAGUAUUCAUACCAGCUUUUUUUUUUCUUAAGUUUUCACAUUGCAACCCCAAACUUUUAUGUGUUUUUUUUAUGUGACAGACCAACACAAAGUAGUGGACAAUUGUAACUUUCAAAGAAAGAUGUGUGAUUUUCAAAAGUUUUACAGGUGAAAGUUUGUGAAGUGUGACGUGAAUUUGUGCUCACUCCCUUCUGAGUCAAAAACGUGCAAAAAUCUUUUGAUACACAUCAAGAGAAUGACUUUUACCCACUUCUCAUAGCAAAAUAACUAAAGUUGCCACCAUCAUGUUUCAAUGUGGGUAUAGUGUGUUCAGUUAUGUGCAUUGUUUUAUCUCAGCUUCAUAUAGCCGUUAGCUCGGAUACACACGGCACACUUUUCAGAUAUCUGUAAAAUCAAUUUUUAAAGUUAUUUUUCAAUCAUUUAGCAAUCAUUUACUACUGUUUUAGUCUCACACAUUAGAAAGUGACGCUAAUUAUUUUAAUGUAACCCAAUGUUUCAAAGUUCAAAGGGUAUAAAUACUUUUGCCAGGCACUAAAUAUACUUUAUGCCUUAUCCAUAUGUUAUAUGUUCACCUUUCACCAACUCAUCUCAAAUCUCAACUUGUUGCCAAAAAAAACUUUUAAGUUGCUGUCCCGUUUUAUACAAUUUACUCUCUGCUUUUUUUUUUUUUAUCUCCCUUUAGUUUGAGUUUUUGUCUUUCUACUUGAAUUAUUGAUAUGCAAGAUUGUGAGGAUGUAAAGUUACCAGUCUUUGACAUUCUGCAGCGGGGGGAAUGCUACCAUAAAGGCACAGAGUGGCAUUUAUGUGACCUACUGUGCAAAACUAUGCUAUGCACGCCUGGUGUAGUAGUCGUUUUUGUCAAUGCAGGAAUUAUAGGAAGGGGUUGUCGGCAUCCGGAGAGGGUUUUAUGUGUUUACAUGGAGCUCAGGCUGAAUGUACACAAGCUAUACUCACAUUAACUUUAAAGGUAAUAUUGCCACUCCACCGCCCAGUUUAUCCAGUUUCUUUUUUUUUUUUUUUUUUACGUUUUGUGCCUCUCUAACCAAUACAAUUAGCCUGUUUCAUUUAUUUAAGAAAAUGGUCACUAAACUGGUUACUUCCCCUUUUUUUCAGUUGAAACUAGCUGUCUCCACCCAACAGCUGUUAGCAGGGGGAAUUUUCUUUUUCUUGUACUUUCUUUUGUGUUCACUCUGAGUAAUGAUACUCCAAGUGAGAAUUAGUCUCCAUCAACCCUUCGCUAGUGCAAAGUUUGAGCAUAAUUAUUGAUGACUUCUCCUAUCAAACCGUCCUGUUCUGGAAGGAAAAGCCAGAUAUUUUCCUUAAGACUUAAAGGUGUACUGCAGUUAACUCUGGAGGAUCAAACCAAUGCAGUCAUAGGUGACCUCUGGCUUUCUGCGUUGUUUAUGGUUGAGUUUUAUUCAACCUGUUCUAAGAUCUAAAACUGUUAAAAAUGUUUCUUAUCUGCAUAUGAUAUGAUUUAGACUAGCAGAUCUGUAUGUACAAAAAAAGGAAAAAGACAUGAAAUUCAAGUAUUUUGUUGUAUGUACAUCAAAGGAAUUAAUUUUACACAACAAAAAAGCAAAAAUGGAACAGAUGUUUCUAGAUGAAUCAAUAAUGAACAUUCAUAAUAUUUCUUUUUAUGAAGAAAUAAAGUAUAUAUUUUACCAAACUA